UCACCCGGCGGCUGGCUGCGGGACGUACUGGGCCGGGGGCUGGGGUGGAACCGGGUGGGCGCCAUGGAGCUGCUCUCGGCGCUGAGCCUCGGUGAGCUGGCGCUCAGCUUCUCGCGGGUGCCGCUCUUCCCAGUCUUCGACCUCAGCUACUUCAUCGUCUCCAUUCUCUACCUCAAGUAUGAGCCAGGAGCAGUCGAGCUGUCCCGGCGCCAUCCCAUGGCAUCCUGGCUGUGUGCCAUGCUGCAUUGCUUCGGGAGUUACAUCCUGGCUGAUCUGCUCCUUGGGGAGCCCCUAAUCGACUACUUCAGCAACAAUUCCAGCAUCCUGCUGGCCACAGCUGUCUGGUACUUGAUUUUCUUCUGCCCUCUGGACCUCUUUUAUAAGUGUGUCUGCUUCCUGCCUGUGAAACUUAUAUUCGUGGCCAUGAAGGAGGUAGUGAGAGUCCGCAAGAUUGCCGUGGGGAUCCAUCACGCCCACCACCACUACCACCAUGGGUGGUUCGUCAUGAUUGCCACCGGCUGGGUCAAAGGCUCUGGCGUCGCCCUCAUGUCUAACAUUGAGCAGCUGCUCCGAGGGGUCUGGAAGCCAGAGACCAAUGAGAUCCUGCACAUGUCCUUCCCCACGAAAGCCAGCCUCUACGGAGCCGUACUCUUCACCCUCCAGCAGACCCGCUGGCUCCCGGUGUCCAAAGCCAGCCUCAUCUUCAUCUUCACCAUGUUCAUGGUAUCCUGUAAGGUGUUCCUGACGGCCACUCACUCCCACAGCUCCCCUUUUGAUGUUCUGGAGGGCUACAUCUGCCCUGUGCUGUUUGGGACCGCCUGGGGGGGCAACCAUCACCACGACAACCAUGGUGGGUCCCACGGUGGGUCCCAUGGUGGAGGCGGGCCCGGCUCGCCACACUCAGCCCUACCUGCUAGGUCCAAGGAGGAGCUGAGUGAGGGCUCCAGGAAGAAGAAGACCAAGAAGGCAGAUUAGUGGAUGGCCCAGAGGCCUUGAGGGGUGCCAGGGAGAAGACCAGGACCCAGGACCCUCAGAGCCAGUGCGGGAGCAUCGUGGGCUCUGCUCUCCCCUCUCCGGGUCUCAACUUCCCAGUCUGCAAACUGGGGCCGUGGGGGGGGGUGUUAAAUGAGAUAUGGGGGUGCGGAGAGGGUAGAGGGGUCCCUCUCUCUUUCUGCCAGGCCACCAGAGCGACACAGCUUUAUUUGGUGGGAGACCCACAGCAUCCUGGCAGUGGCCCCAGCCAGAAACCCCAACAGUUAUAUUCUUGGUUCUACUAUUCCCUCUUUAAAACUACAUCUGGACUCCAGAAGAACUUCAAGUCAGGUUGAGACUCAUGAAAUUGAUGGACAAUUCCUAAGUGUCUGCUAUGAGGCAGCUGCUGCGACUUCCGUCUCCUCGUGCCCGCUCCUCCCAGACGGCACUGGGCAAGCUGCCGACUCCGAGCCUCACAUUCCCCAUCUGUGUAGUGGAGACCCUCCCCCCCAGCACCUCCGUGUGGAAGUGCUGGUGUGCACCUGGACGUGAACCAGCCUUACCAACUCUAAAGCACCAUGCAGGCGGGAGGGGAGGCCUUGAGGGGUGUUCCUCAUGCUUGACAACGGCUUUGCAUUUUAGAUUAUUUGUGUUCGUGGAUCGGAGAACCCCCGCAAGUUACCUGGCACGGAGGGGGCCUUCAGUAGACACAUUUGGGCCAGUCUUAAGAGCUUGGGUGAUGGGGAAGGCAUGUUGUGAUCUUUGGCUUCAGGCAGUCCCGAAACCAAAGAAAUGCCACAAGCUGGGCCGGGGUGCCAACAUCCAGCUCCAUCAAGGGCCCCUGGACACUUGCUGUCGGACCCUAGAAGCUUCAGGCCUCCCCAUGCUGGCGUCCUCCACGGCUCAGUCAUUCAGAGGACUUGGCUUGCUCUGUGCCGAGCCUUGUGCUGCUGCUGGGUGGGCCCAGAAUGUGCUUCAGGGUGAGUGAGGAACGGUAGCUGAGGCCCCCUGCCCCGACCCCACGGGCCACCUUCAUCUCAGCCUGCAUCACCAGGACAGCCAGGAGGUCUGGGUAUAUUAGGUGUGGCUAGUCUCAGGUGGGGCUUGGGCAUGGAUGGGGCCGGUUUAGAGCUGUCCUCUGCACCAGGGGGGAUCAGAGCAGCAGCCUACGACGACAGCAAGAUCAGCGCGCGGGGUCCCGGGUAUUGCCGAGCUGUUGGGAAAGUGCCUUGAUCUGGUGACACCUGGGAGCCGGUUGGGUCCUGAGGCUCCCAAUGCAUCCUCUUGCAUGUUUAUCAAGGCUCGGCAUGAAGGUUCAGCAAAUAAAUCUGUUGUGGAAGAAGCA